AAUAAAUAGUAAUUGUUUUAAUAUAUUUGAAAACUGUUUCAAAAGAUAAAGUACAGAAAUCGACAGAAAUUAGGAGGUUUCAAAAUACUAGAUAAAACAUGGCAUUUAUUUGUUUCAACAAAAGAAGAGACAGAAAGCUGAGAAUCAUCGUCGUUAGUAUAUUUCUAAGUGGUUGUGUUUUUUUAGUUUCUCGGAAUCUCUCGAUAUCAGGUCGAAAGAGAUUCCUAAAAAUGAAAAACGUGACAGAACCACAAAAUAUGUUCUUUUUUGAAACCUCUGGUAAAUGCUACCUUACGAGUAGAGAAUCUUGCUCUAUUGAGUCUGCAGCAAAAUAUCAUCCUACGAACAGGAUCCAGUUAUUUUACGCUUGUAGUAACGAGAGUCAAUUAAAAAACGACGAGCUUUUCCAACUUGUAUCGCAAAUUGAAAACGUCGAAGUUAAAUCGCUGAACUUCACAUAUCUAUUCUCCGGAACACCUUUAGCUAAGUGGUAUCAGAGUGAUAUAUUUAACUUAACCAUUCACAAAACAGCAUUUUUAUCGGAUGGUUUGAAAUAUGUGAUGCUCGGAAAGUAUGGUGGUGUAGCCAUCGACUCUGACUGUAUAACAAGAAAACCGCUUCCUAACUUACCUGCUUACGCUGGUUUUCAAACUUCGAUAACUGUGAACAAUGCUGUCAUUAAAGCACAGAAAGGCAGUCCAUUUCUCGUUGAAUGCAUGGAACGAUUUCUUACAGAAUACAACUCAUCGAUCUGGGGAUUUGUGGGUCCUGCUUUAGUGACCAGAAUAUUUCGAGAAGCAUGUAAAAGAGAAAACAAAUACUUUGCACCAGGAUUCACAUGUUACGGAGUUCAUCUCUUUCCCCUUCCAGCUUUUUAUCCUAUUCAUUUUUCUCAGAGAAAACUAUUUUUUGAUCCCAACGUUUCUGAGUCCUUAAACGAGAUAUGGAAGGAUAGUUAUAUGGUACAUAUCUGGAAUAAUGCAGUUCAAAGACAGCAAUUUAAACCUGGAGAUGGGAGUCCAAUGGAUCAUUUGUACAAGGACAAUUGUCCAAUAACUUAUUCUUAUAUUGUGAAACAAGGUGUAGGAGAGUGAAUACAAAAUUGCUUUUGAAAAAACAGUAUCCAUUUCAAAUCUAAUUUUCAGAAGGUAUAUUUGUUUUCGAUUUUAUUUUGU